AUGGCCAUACCACAACCUCAGCAUUGGGCAUACAAUCUCUCAAAACCACAGCAAUGGCGCCAUUUAUUUCGCGCCACGCUGCGCGAAUGUUCCUACCUACCUGAUCCCAUCGCUCGCAACUACAUGAAAAAUCAUAUCAUCUCCCGAUAUCGUGCUGUUUCCUCCCGUUCCCCACAGGCUGGUCCUAAGGCGGUUCACGCAGCAAGAAAUGCAUUGUCGGUUCUGCGGCGAGCAAAUGAAGGCUAUUCACGUCCUCUCGAAAAGGUGUUGUAUCUGUCAUACGGUCGCACUGGGAGACGGCGACAUGAGCUGCUGGCAAAUAUUCUGACGCCAGAAAUCCCCAACGACUCUUUGGCUCUGAAAGAGCUACUCUCCCGACCUGCUGAUUUCACUGAUGGCUGGGAACCCCCAGCCAUCGUGAAGAGCCUCGCGGCCUCUCAAAUGCAGAAUACAGUGGUUACAGCAGCCCGCAUUAGGCCGUUGAUCAAACAAUUGGAACCGCCAAUCCCCAAGAAGGACAGCUGGGGCAAAGAAUUAGCCCGGUCUCGGAAGAAGAAUAUUCGAAAGCAAUGGUACAACACUACAUUGAGCAGUCUCCUUCCACCAUUACCAGAAAAGGAUCUCCAAACGCUUGAGGGACUCAUCUCGGGGGUUGUGCCAUGGGAGCCUGUCAAAAGGAGAUGUUCAAAUCCCCAGAUUCCCCAGACCAAGUCUGGUGGCGAGCUCUUCCAGUUGCUGGCUAGGGGCCCUGAGAAGGGUACCACCUUUGCCGAAUAUGCCAAUGGUCGACCACAUACAAUUACAGUCAGGCUUAUGCGUCGUCAAUGGAAACGUCUGUCUGCUCUUGUGCCACGACAACACUGGAAUCCGAUUUCACAAAAGUGGCGCUUUUUGUGGGAUUCACCAAAAGAAGUCCCCAAGCUGUCCUUCGAUCUGGGCAGUAGCAUCGACCCAGAGGCUUUUUUUCAAAAAGUCAAUCCAAGCGGAGGAAGACAAGGCUGA